UCUUACUCCGGCACACGAGCAUUGCGAGGGUGGACGCCGCAGGGCCUGCACAACCUGCCAGACGUUUUAAUUAGAGACUAGAAGAAGGAACGUCCGAAAAUGAACGACUACGGAUACGGCAGGAGAAGCGGGAAAGAGCAUAGGCGAGGAGGACGCAGAGGCGACGAGGACGACACGGAGGAUCGAAGAACGAGUACCCUACAGCGGCUGGACAGCGUACAAGAUCCUGGGAAACGUUAUCUCCUUAGAGAGUGCAUAGGUUCCGGCGUCUGUGGAGACGUUUACGAAGCGAUCGAUCAGCAAGCUGGAAACAAAAGAGUGGCGGUGAAGGUGCAAAAACUCACGGCCGAAUCGCAGUCGUUAAUCAUCGAGGAGUACAGAGUCCUUCGAGAUUUCGCGUCUCAUCCGAAUCUUCCAGACUUUUACGGAAUAUAUCGUAGAAGAUCCGGGAAGAAGACGGAAUACGAUCAAAUAUGGUUCGUCAUGGAGCUUUGCGAGGGUGGACCAGCGAUGGAUCUGGCGCGGGGCCUUAUAGCCAUGGACAAGAAACUGCGCGAGGAACACAUAGGGUUUAUCUUGAGGGAAGUGAUCAAGGCGGUGGUUUAUCUGCACGAGAACAACGUGAUGCACCGUGACAUUCGCGGCAACAACAUUUUACUGACCAAAGAGGGGGAAGUGAAGCUGGUCGACUUCGGACUGUCGAGAACGAUCCAAGGUGAGAUGGGAAAGAGGUACACGUGCAUAGGAUCGCCGAGUUGGAUGGCGCCGGAAGUCGCUAUGAGCAAAGGAGCCAAUUCCGACAGCGGAUACGGGAAUAGAGCUGACGUCUGGGCGAUUGGAAUCACGGCGAUCGAAUUAGCUGACGGGAAACCACCCUUUCAAGACAUGCAUCCGACGCGAGCGCUCUUUCAAAUCGUACGAAAUCCUCCGCCGAAUUUGUACAGACCGUCCAACUGGUCGCAAAAUUUCAACGACUUUAUAACAGAAUGUCUCGAGAAGAAUCCCGAAAAUAGGCCGUUCAUGGCCGAAAUAGCCGAGCAUCCCUUCCUAGCGGAAUUACCCGAGAACGAUUACUUGCUAACACAAGAGAUCAAAGUAUUAAUGAUGGACGCCUGUGCGAAAGGUAAACUCGACAGGAGGGCGGAAGUGAUCGUUCGAAAGGGUUUCCUGAAGACCCACCAAACGGAUCCUCUGGAACCGAUGUUCAUGGAAGACCUGGCCGCGCUCGAAACUCUCACGGAGGACGCGGUUUUGGACGAACUGCACGAAAGAUUGCGGCAAGGUUACUAUCACAGCUUCGUCGGGGAUAUACUUUUGAUAUUAAAUCCGAACGAACAGCAGGACAUCUACGGGUCCGACUACCACACCAAGUAUCAGUUCAAAUCACGGUCGGAUAACGCGCCUCACAUAUACUCCGUGGCUGAUAGCGCUUAUCAAGAUGUGAUGCACAACGAGGAGAUGCAACAUAUUCUGCUAGCUGGCGAGAGUAAUUCAGGGAAAACGACCAGCAUGAUGCACAUCGUUCGGCAUCUCAUGUACUUGGGAAAAAGCUUGCAAGACACCGGUGCAAGAUUAAUGAGAGCGAUCAAAGUGAUCCACGCGUUCAGCAAUGCAGCCACGCCUCUAAACCCUAAUUCGACCAGAUGCGUGCUGGAAAUACAAACCACCUACGGAUCUUCCGGGAAAGCCUCCGGUGGCAUAUUUUGGUUGUACCAGCUAGAGAAAUGGCGCGUUUCUACCCGCGACAGGAAUCAAUCGAAUUUCCACGUGUUCUACUACUUCUACGACGGGCUAGAUUCCAUCAGCAAGUUGAAACAGUAUCUAUUGCCACCCGGAAGAAGGAUGAGGUACCUUAGGAUAAGCGAGAAGGGAACGGAGAGGAAGCGAUCGUUCAAAGUUCGAAACGAUCCACGCGGGAACGUGGUGAAGUUUGACGAGCUGAAGGAAAACUUGAAAAUCUUGGAAAUGGAGGAGUACUGUGAAACGAUUUGGAAAUUGCUGGCGGCGGUUUUAACUCUGGGAGAAAUUCGUUUCGUGGAGGGUAACAACGGAGAAGCUGACAUGGACAACAACGAUGCAGCCACUAAAGUGGCCCAGCUUCUCAAUCUAGACGACAAAAAGUUCAUGUGGGCAUUGCUCAACUACUGCGUAAUCAGCAAGGGAACAGUUGUACGCAGAAAGCACAGCUGCGAAGAGGCGAAAGAGGCGAGGGACGUAUUGGCUAAUACAAUUUAUCAGCGAUUAGUCGACUGGAUAGUGAAUAAUAUCAAUCAGAAGUUCACAGUAACGCGUGCUUUAUUCGGUGACAAGUACGCGAUCAACGUGAUGGACCUCUUCGGAUUCGAGUGCUUCUCGAUUAAUCGACUCGAGCAGCUGGUGGUGAAUACCAUGAACGAACAAAUGCAGUGUUACUAUAACCAACGAGUGUUCGCUUGGGAAAUGCAAGAACAAGAAGAGGAGGAUAUACCUGUUCAACGUUUGCACUUUUACGACAACAAAGAUGCGAUUGAUCAGCUAAUGAGCAGAGAUAGAGGUUUAUUCAGCAUCAUCGACAACGCGUCGAAAAACAUGCUGGAUUAUCCGUAUAUAAUGAAAAAGAUCCAGGAACGAUCGGAUAAUGUUUAUAUAAAACCGGUGAGUUCUCAUGAGUUUACCGUCGCUCAUUACACAGGAAAAUUGGUUUACGACGCUAGCGAGAUCGCCGAGAAGAAUCGGGACUUUGUUCCGCCGGAAAUGACCGAAACGCUUAGACAAUCGAGCAUCGAAACCGUGAAGGACAUGUUCACGAACAAGCUGACCAAGUCCGGCAAUUUGACCAUUAUCGUCGAUCAUCCGAAGAUCAUGGAAAAGAAAACGAACAAGGGAAAGUGGGGCGCUCUUAUGCAAGAAACGUCGAAACCAAGGAAGUAUAACACCGCAUCCCGAGGGCAAUACUCCCAGACACGGAAAAUGAGAACGUGCGCGGCUACCUUUAAAUCCACCAGCCUUGAAAUCCUUAAGAACCUUUCGGCAGGUGGCGGAAGUGGUGGUAUCCAUUUCGUCAGGUGUAUAAGGUCGGACCUCGAAGGGGCGCCUCGUGGCUUCUAUCGAGACGUCGUCAGGCAACAAAUCAGGGCGCUGGCUAUUCUGGACAGUGCCAAAGCCAGGCAACGUGGCUAUCCCUGUAGAAUAUCCUUUCAAGAAUUUCUUCGAAGGUACCAAUUCCUAGCGUUCGAUUUCGACGAGAACGUCGAAAUAACCAAAGACAACUGUCGGUUACUGUUGAUUAGAUUAAAAAUGGAGGGCUGGAUGAUCGGGAAGACCAAAGUGUUCUUGAAAUAUUACAACGAGGAAUAUCUUUCGCGCUUGUACGAGACUCAGGUGAAGAAGAUAAUAAAGGUUCAGUGUAUGAUGAGAGCCUUCUUAGCACGCAAAAACAUGGUGUCGAAGAUCGUAUCGAGCACGAAGAAAGAAGUUGUGAAGAAAGCGUCUAUAAAGAAGAAGGAGUCGGUGGAUAUGUCGGAGGAUCAGGCAGCGAUAAUGAUUCAGAAAGCGUACAGGGGGCAUGUAGUAAGGAAGGAGACGGCGCCUCUGAUGGGGAAGGGGAAGAUGGAUCCGGAGACGAUAGACAUGAUGAAGUUCUACAGCAGCAAAUGGAGAUCGAAGAGCAUGUUCCAAGUCCUCCUACGUUACCGUGCAGCCCGCUAUCAAGACCUCGUGCAGUUCUCGCAACAAGUGCAUCUGUUCAAUCAAGCGAUAGUAUCAUCUCUUGCUACGACGAAUGACCAAAUAUCCAUAGACAAAGUCAACCCAAACGUUACGGUGUCCGCUUAUUUAGGCCAGAUGAAACCACCCCAAGUGCACAAGUUACCUUUCAACUUUUAUCACGAGUUACCUUUUCCUAGCGCGAAGGGAGGAAUGAGAAAUCUUGGAUCCGCGUCGUCAUCGGCGUCUGACGAUGAGCACGAAGCCUGGGACGCGCCAUUACGGAGACAAACGGUGCCUUGGGCCAUCAGGAACAGUCGUACCAGAGACGUCGAGGUUCAAACAACGAACUCGCCACAUCGAGUGGCGCAUUCAGGCACCGAGGGAGAGAGUUUGAUCGACACUCCGUUUUCCAGAGACCCGAAUAUCUCGGUCCGAUGUCCACCCGACGAGACAUCCCGAAGCAGGAUGGGUAACUCCGGAUAUCAGCAAUCUUCGAGCAACCGUAGCCCCGCACCAUCUGCCAACGCUCAUAAUCCUCGCUCAAAUUACGAUAGCACUGGGUCGAUACGGUCUACCAAACACGCACCGCCGCCACCAAUUCCGUUAAAUCAAUCACAACCACCCCCGCCGCGUAGUUCUGACAAUCACAGCUCGGACGUUCGAAGUAAAAGUAACAUAGACAGUGGUAGCCACGAUUGGGAGUUCGAGGACAACAGGAUUAACAGGAAUACCGGCAAUGCUAAUCGUCUCAAUCCUAUUCAGGAAUUGCAAAUGAUAGGUCGUAGAAAUAACAACUACGGCGGCAACGAGGACAACGACGAUCCACCGUUCAACUUCCAGGCUAUGUUGAGAAAGACGAGUCAUCAUAGAGCGUCGAUGAAGCGUACUCCCGUCUACGAUAGUUACUCUCAUUCUCCGUCACCACUGCCAGGCACGGGAUACCGUGGGAACCGCGAGAGCGACUCGAACGUCGUAUACAGAAGCGGAGGAAGUCGCAGGGAUUCCCCAGAAUGGAGCCCCAACGAAAUGGUGAGAAUGUCGGAGAAGUAUGGAAAAGAGGGAGCCUGGGGAGAGUCCAGCGGAGGAGCAGGUCGAAGUAACAAGGCCGCGGAGAGUGUGACCGCGGAGAUUGCGCCAGGAAUUGUCAUAGAAGGUUACGUGGCCGAAUUGUAA